UAGUAUUAGUAAAAAUAAUAAUGUAAGUAAUAGUAGUAGUAGUAUUAGUAGCAUUAAUAAUAUUAAAAGUAGUAAUAUUAGCAAUAGUAUUGGCAGUAUUAAAUAUAGUAAUAGUAAUAUUAGUGGCAUUAAUAAUAGUAGUAAA